AUGAUCUUUAUCGAUCUUUUUUUUUGGCUUCUAACUGAGAAAAGCCAAAAUUUACUUCACAGAUAUCAUGAAUUUCGAAGUAUUGGAGAACAAAGUGAUUACAGGGGAACCACACACCCUUACAAAAUCGCUUUCUUAUUCAAUACUUACCUGAAGCCGUGUGAUCAUAUCGAGCAUGUUUCUCGCUUCAAUUUCUGCCCUUUUGGAGAGAUUGAAAGUCGAUCUAAUGCUGAUGAUGUUUUCAUUGACAUACUUGGUGAAGUUAUCGGGAUGAGUGAUAAUGAUAUAUUGCUUUCGAGAAGCAAAGCACUCAGAUAUAGUUCUUAUAAACAUGUGUGGUGUCAUAAUCUUGGUCGGGAACAAGAAGCAAACAAGCCUCUUUUAAAGAUUAUCUUCCAGGUUAUGAUGCGAUUGUUGCGGAAGACAACUUUGAUGUUUGUCAUACGAGAUAAAACACGGGAUCUAGCGAUCGAAGACGAAGUUUCGGAUGUUAAAGGAGGUCCGAUUCCGAGGGUUGCCGGUUUAUUCGUCUACGAGGAGGCGAAGUUCUUCGAUAAUUACGAUUGGGAUGACGUCAACCAAGGAAAACGACUCAAUUGCAAGUCUCGACCUCUCGGUGCUCGAGUUGAUCCUAGGGUCAAUUACACCGUUGCUUCCGAAUCUGUACCUCCUCUGUUUACAUUUUUCAGACGCACUCAUCAUGUACUUAGAUACCCCAACGCUGGUGCAAUUCUGAAUCUUGUGGCGCUGGUUCAUUACCGAGAAGUAGAAGUUGCAGAUCCGAAUCCUGAAGUCCAACAAGCGGGAGAAAAUCAAGAUCCGGCUGUGCAAGUUGCAGAGGUUGUAGAUGACGUGCAAGCUGUGCAUGUGCAAGCUGAAGCGGAGGUUGCAGAGGAUGUGGAAGGAGCAGAUGUUGCAGAGGAUCAAGCUGUGCAAGCAGAAGAGCAAGCUUCUUCCACGAUCAGUGGUGUUGUUGAAACUGGAAUCAAGAAGAAGAAGGUGGUGCUGCUCGGAACUGGAUGGGCUGGAACUAGUUUCUUGAAGAAUUUGAACAAUUCUCAGUAUGAGGUUCAGAUUAUAUCGCCUCGAAACUACUUUGCUUUCACUCCCUUGCUGCCUAGCGUUACUUGUGGAACUGUUGAAGCUCGCAGCGUUGUUGAGCCAAUUCGAAACAUUGGAAAAAAGAAAAAUGUUGAUACAUCUUACGUGGAGGCAGAGUCUGUUAAGAUUGAUACAGUAGGCAAGAAAGUUUUCUGCCGAUCCAAACAAGGGCUUGAUUCGAAUGGCAAGAAAGAAUUUUCUGUUGACUAUGACUACGACUACCUUGUGAUUGCCACUGGAGCUCAGUCUAACACCUUUAAUAUACCCGGAGUGGAGGAGCACUGUCAUUUUCUGAAAGAGGUUUCAGAUGCUCAAGGAAUUCGUAAAACUGUAAUUGACUCCUUUGAGAAGGCAAGUCUACCAGAACCAAGCGAUGAAGAGAGGAAGAGAAUCCUGCACUUUGUUGUUGUUGGUGGUGGGCCAACAGGUGUUGAGUUUGCCGCUGAGCUUCAUGAUUUCAUUACUGAGGAUCUAGUCAAACUCUAUCCUAGAGCCAAGGAUUCAGUGCGAAUCACGCUUCUGGAGGGCGCACACCACAUUCUCACCAUGUUUGACAAGAGAAUCACUGAGUUUGCCGAGGAAAAGUUUAGCAGAGAUGGCAUUGAUGUGAAACUUGGCUCCAUGGUGACCAAAGUGAAUGAGAAAGAUAUAUACGCUAAAACCAAAGCAGGAGAGGUUUCCUCAAUUCCUUAUGGAAUGAUUGUCCUGAAACAAAUUGGUCAGGGUAAUAGACGUGCUCUGGCCACUGAUGAAUGGCAUCGCGUAGAAGGAUGGGAUAACAUAUACGCACUUGGUGAUUACGCAACAAUUAACCAGCGCAAAGUCAUGGAGGAUGUUUCUGCGAUAUUUAGCAAAGCAGACCAAGACAAGUCUGGGACACUGACUCUUAAAGAGUUCCAAGAAGCUGAGAUCGAACACAGAGAGCUACUCUGGCAUGGGUCACGUCUCACGUAUUUGACAGUCCCAACUCAAUACGUCUUCCUUGUCCGCUUCAUCAAAGUUUCGAUGACUGACCCGGAAAUGGAGAAUAUGGUUCAUUUUCUUGCUGAAUUGGGGUUGAUGCAUUACGAGACAUUGAAGUUCUGUCCCUCCAUGCUUGCUGCCUCAGCUGUGUACACGGCGAGAUGCUCAUUGAACAAGUCCCCUGCUUGGACUGAUACCUUGAAGUUCCACACCGGCUACUCAGAAUCUGAGAUCAUAGAAUGCUCAAAGGUUCUAGCUUUUCAUCACUCGAGAUGCGGAGAGAGCAGGUUACGUGCGGUGUAUAAGAAGGAUUCGAAGGCAGAGAAAGGAGGUGUUGCUUUGGUUUCAGCAGCAAAGUCUCUCUCGAGUUGA